UUCUACGAGAAGAUGCACGCACGUGCAUAUUAUCACCUUAUAAGGAAUCGAAUUCGGAGCCAGAACGCGAAGAGAACCACGUGAUCGCCUCCCUCGCGCCACCUCGUGCUCGCACACCCAUUUCGAUCUAUCGAACCGACUGCGAUGUAUUUUCUGCUCCUUUGAAAUCCCGCAUUUCGCUGCAUUUUCCGAAUUUUCCAACCUUCCACCGACCGAAUCCUCGAGCCUUUUCCCAAAAAACAGCGAAAAAACGUCUUUUCGAACGUUGUUACUGUGUACUCGCUCGAGCAAUCCGGAAAAACUAACCUAAACUCGACUGGAGUCGAAGUCACUAAUCGAAGGAGCGAGCGAGCAAGAGACUGUCUCCCUCGUCCAUGUUUUCUUGAGUGGGAGUGGGAUCAGCUAUAAGUGAUAUAUUUUGCCCGGUUUUAACGUGAAAAAUUAAGUAAUUUAACAAAGAAAAGAACCAUGGUGUCGUUAAAUCCCGUGAGAAUCCUGAAAAAUGAGGCUGAGGAGGAGAAGGCUGAGACCGCCAGACUGAGUCUGUUCAUUGGUGCGAUAGCCAUUGGUGAUCUUGUCAAGUCAACUCUGGGCCCCAAAGGUAUGGACAAAAUCCUUGUGGCUCAUGGACGUAGCGCUGGUCAGGUGCAGGUCACAAAUGAUGGUGCUACGAUUCUGAAAAGCGUGGGUGUCGACAACCCAGCAGCCAAAAUCCUUGUGGACAUGUCCAGAGUACAAGACGACGAGGUUGGAGAUGGUACCACUUCCGUAACAGUGUUUGCUUCUGAACUCCUGAGAGGAGCAGAGAAACUCAUCGAACAAAAGAUUCACCCGCAAACCAUUAUUGCUGGAUGGAGGAAUGCAGCUGCUGUUGCAAGAGAAGCUCUAAAAAAUGUAGCUGUUGAUAACUCAGCUGAUUUGGAACAUUUCCGUGAAGAUCUCUUGAACAUUGCCCGUACUACUCUUAGUUCCAAAAUUCUUUCACAACACAAGGAGCACUUCAGUAAAUUAGCUGUGGAUGCAGUUCUUCGUUUGAAGGGCUCUGGCAACUUAUCUGCCAUUCAAAUCAUCAAGAAGAGAGGAGCUACUCUGGCAGAUUCCUUCUUGGAUGAGGGAUUCUUGCUUGACAAGAAACCAGGCAUGCACCAGCCCCAGAAAAUUACUGACGCUAAGAUUCUUAUUGCCAAUACUCCUAUGGACACUGACAAAAUUAAGGUAUUUGGCUCUAGAGUUCGUGUCGAUUCAAUGGCAAAGAUUGCUGAUUUGGAACUGGCAGAAAAGGAAAAGAUGAAGGACAAAGUCGAUAAAAUCGUCAAACAUGGUUGCAACGUAUUCAUCAACAGACAGCUGAUCUACAACUACCCAGAACAGUUGUUCGCCGAUGCCGGAGUCAUGGCCAUCGAGCACGCAGAUUUCGAUGGAAUCGAGCGACUUGCCCUAGUGACUGGUGGAGAGAUCGUAAGCACGUUCGACGCGCCAGACAUGGUGAAGCUUGGCAAGUGCGACGUUAUCGAACAGAUCAUGAUCGGUGAAGACACGAUACUGCGUUUCUCCGGCGUAGCCCUCGGAGAGGCCUGCACCAUUGUCAUCCGUGGAGCAACGCAACAGAUCCUCGACGAGGCCGAGAGAUCUCUUCACGACGCCUUGUGCGUCUUGACAUCGACGGUACGCGAGUCCCGGAUAGUCUACGGAGGUGGCUGCAGUGAAAUGGUCAUGUCCUGCGCCGUCAUGAAGGCAGCCGCUGCUACUCCCGGUAAGGAAGCCGUCGCUAUGGAGACGUUCGCUAAGGCUCUGCAACAGUUGCCCACUGUCAUCGCUGACAACGGUGGUUACGACUCUGCUCAGCUGGUAAGCGAACUCAGAGCCGCUCACAACUCUGGUGCUUACACCAUGGGAUUAGACAUGGAGAAGGGAGAGAUCGCCUGCAUGAAGAAGCUUGGCAUCACCGAGUCGUGGGUAGUGAAGAGGCAGGUACUUCUUAGCGCAGCGGAAGCUGCGGAAAUGAUCCUCAGAGUCGAUGACAUUCUAAAGGCAGCGCCCAGAAAGCGAGUUCCGGACCAUGGUCGUUGUUAAAUUAAUUUAAUUUGCGAUUUUUUCACCGAAAUUGAUCAUUGCAUCAUGUCGCGUUUAUGUCACUUAUCGAAAGAUAAAAGAUUAAUGAUACUUUAAUUAUAUGUACGCACGGUUUUUUCUAAUCCAAUCAAAAAAAAGCAAACCUAUAUUAUCAGAUAAAUAGUAUUUGUCAUGUUGACAAACAAAAGUAUUUACAUCAAAUCGGAAGAACAAAGAUUCAAUUUAUAUUUCAACAAUUCAAAAUGUGCUCUAUAUUUUACUGCUACUAAAGUUCUUAAUCAAUGCUAAGCUUACUACAUAUUUUCUACGAAUGUAAACGUUUCAAAGUUUACUCAAUAAAUGAAAUUUGCAUAUUUUAUAUGUUCAAAAGA